CCGGGAGCCAGGAUGGCCAUCCACAAUGUCUUGCUGGUGUGCCUGGGACUUCCUCUCUUCCUAUUCUCACACGUCCAGGCCCAGCAUCAUGCCCCACCUGGCUGCGGCCCAGACCUCGACCCCCUCUACUACAACUUGUGUGACCGCUCUGAGGCCUGGGGCAUCAUCCUGGAGACGGUGGCUGGGGCCGGUAUCGUCACCACUUUUGUCCUCACCAUCAUCCUUGUGGCCAGCCUUCCCUUUGUGCAGGACACUAAGAAGCGGAGUCUUCUGGGGACCCAGGUGUUCUUCCUGCUGGGGACCCUGGGCCUCUUCUGCCUCGUGUUUGCCUUUGUGGUGAAGCCCGACUUCGCUACCUGUGCCUCUCGGCGCUUCCUCUUCGGAGUCCUGUUUGCAAUCUGCUUCUCCUGCCUGGUGGCCCAUGUCUUUGCCCUCAACUCCUUAGCCCGGAAGAACCAUGGGCCCCGGGGCUGGGUGGUCUUCACUGUGGCUCUGCUAUUGACCCUUGUGGAGGUAAUCAUCAAUACGGAGUGGCUGAUCAUUACCCUGGUCCGGGGAGGAGGCGAGCAUGGCCCUCUGGGUAACAGCAGUGCUGGCUGGGUGGUGACCUCACCCUGCGCCAUCGCCAACAUGGACUUUGUCAUGGCGCUCAUCUACGUCAUGCUGCUGCUGCUGGGGGCCUUCCUGGGGGCCUGGCCCGCCCUGUGUGGACGCUUCAAGCGCUGGCGGAAGCAUGGUGUCUUUGUGUUGCUCACCACGGUCACCUCCAUUGCCAUCUGGGUCGUCUGGAUAGUCAUGUACACCUACGGUAACAAACAGCACAACAGCCCUUCCUGGGAUGACCCCACCUUAGCCAUUGCCCUUGCCGCCAACGCCUGGGCCUUUCUCUUCUUCUACAUCAUCCCUGAGACCUCCCAGCUGACCAAGGCCAGUCCUGAGCAAAACUACCAAGGGGACAUGUACCCCACCCGGGGCGUAGGCUACGAGACCAUCCUGAAAGAGCAGAAAAGCCAGAGCAUGUUUGUGGAGAACAAGGCGUUUUCCAUGGAUGAGCCAACCUCAGCCAAGAGGCCGGUGUCUCCAUACAGUGGCUACAAUGGGCAGCUGCUGACCAGUGUGUACCAGCCCACCGAGAUGGCCCUGAUGCACAAAGUCCCGUCUGACGGUGCUUAUGACGUCAUCCUCCCGAGGGCCACCGCCAACAGUCAGGUGAUGGGCAGUGCCAACUCCACUCUGAGAGCCGAAGACAUGUACGCCACCCAAAACCACCAGGCGGCCACCCCGCCCAAAGACGGCAAGAACUCUCAGGUGUUUAGAAACCCCUAUGUGGUGUGGGACUAAGUCAGCAGCCAAGAGGAGGCGGGCAGGUGUUGGG